AUGGCAGCUUCGACCACAGGCACGCCCGACUACGCCAACCUCGAGGUCAUCCAGCGGAAUCGGCUUCCUCUGCGGUCCUACUGGAUCCCCUCGACGUCGCUGCUGCUCAAUGGCACCUGGGACUUUCACUACGCGCUGAGUCCGCUGGAGGCCCCCAAUCUUGCGACCAAGGCAGAUGGCCUGCAGCCUGAUGACUCGUGGACUACCAUCAACGUCCCCGGCCACUGGCAGCUUCAGGGUCAUGGGCGCCCGCAUUACACGAAUACCGUCUACCCGUUUCCCUCGGAUCCGCCGCACGUCCCCAGCGACAACCCCACGGGGACGUACCGCCGGUUCUUCAGCGUUCCGACUGGCUGGGACAGCUCUUCACAACUGCGCCUCCGGUUCGACGGCGUCGACAGCGCGUACCACGUGUGGCUGAAUGGCAAGUUUGUGGGCUACUCGCAGGGCAGCCGCAACCCCGCCGAGUUUGACGUCAGCACGGUUGUGAAACGGGACAGUGAUGAGAACGAGCUGGUGGUGCAAGUCUACCAGUGGUGCGAGGCCUCCUACAUUGAGGACCAAGAUCAGUGGUGGCUCUCCGGUAAGCAUCGCAUUUUCCGAGACGUCACUCUACUCGCACUUCCCCAGACCAGGGUCGAAGACUUCUUCGUCAAGACGGACCUCGACGCGCAGUACAAGGAUGCUGUGCUGCAGGUUGAGCUGACUGUCGAGCAGCCGUCUGAUGGCGCUGCUCAUGAGUUGGUGCUCACACUGCGCAACGCUUCCAACCAGGUGGCAUCGUCUACGCGCCAGCUCAGCGCUACCGACAAAGCGACGAAGGUCUCGAUUGAUGUCGAGAACCCGCACAAGUGGACCGCAGAAACUCCCUUCCUCUAUCAGCUCGAGAUUGCUCUGACCAGUGAGGGCAAGACGACCCAGUCCAUCACUCAGAACGUGGGCUUCCGGAAGGUCGAGAUCAAGGACGGGCUCAUUACUGUCAACGGCACACCACUCCUCCUCCGUGGCGCCAACAGGCAUGAGCACCACCCAAGGCUGGGCCGGGCUGUGCCCUACGAGUUCAUGAAGCAGGACCUGCUGCUCAUGAAGCAGCACAACAUCAACGCGCUCCGGUGCAGCCACUAUCCAUCCCAGCCGCGCCUGUACGAUCUGGCUGACGAGUUGGGCCUUUGGGUGAUGGACGAGGCCGAUCUCGAGUGCCACGGUUUCUACGACGUGGUCAUGCAGGCUGCCAACAUGCCACGCGACGAGGACUACGAGGGCAGCAAGGACAUCUUCUUCCCCCGUGCUGCCGCCUUCACCUCGGACAACCCGGCGUGGCGCGAGGCCUAUGUCGACCGCAUGCGCCAGGUGGUGCAGCGUGACAAGAACCACCCUUGUGUCUUUUCCUGGUCCCUCGGCAACGAGGCAUUCUUUGGACGCAACCACGUGGCCAUGGCUGAUUAUGCUCGAGAGGUCGACCCGGGUAGGGUCAUCCACUACGAGGGCGACAUCAAGGCAAAGGCCGCGGACAUGUUCUCGUACAUGUAUGUGCCACCCGAGAAGCUGGUCAAGAUUGCCGAGACGGAGGCCGUGCGCGAGGAUGGCAAGUUCGACAAGCCGGUCAUCCUGUGCGAGUACGCCCACGCCAUGGGCAACGGGCCUGGCGCCCUGGACGACUACCAAGAGCUGUUCCGCAAAUACCCUCGGCUGCAGGGAGGGUUCAUCUGGGAGUGGGCGAACCACGGCAUCUGGCACGAGAAGGGUGGUUUCUAUGCCUAUGGUGGCGACUUUGGCGACACGCCCAACGAUGGGACUUUUGUCAUGGACGGACUUUGCAACAGUGAGCAUAAGCCGACCCCAGGCCUCACCGAGCUGAAGAAGGUGUUCCAGCCUGUUAAGUUCGACGCCAGCGACGAUGGCAAGGUGUUCGUCACGAACGAGUACGCAUUUGUGGGGCUGGGGCACUUGGCGGGCACGUACGCUAUCGAGGCAUUCGGCGACAGCUCGAAGACACUUGAGGCGGGCGAGAUUCCGAUUCCUGCCGUAACCCCAGGGACCAGGGCAGAGCUGCCAAUCCCUGCUGACCUCCAAAAGUACCGCGACCAUGAGCAGGAGGUAUUCCUCACGAUCCGGUUCUCUCUUUCCGCGGACACGGCAUGGGCUCAAGCCGGUCAUGAGAUUGCUUGGUUCCAGCAUAAGCUUUCCGCUGUUGACUAUGCCAGCACGGCAGUGGCGGCGUCGACUCCGUCUCCUGCGAGGCUCGACAUUCAGGAGAGCCGUACCGAGCUCAAGAUCGCGGGGCAGGACUGGUCAAUCACCUUUGAUCGCGUGCGCGGCUACCUGAUAAGCUGGACGGGCGGCGAGGCGGGGACGGCGUUGCUCGAGGCAGAUCCCAAGACGAGGGCAGCCAUCUUCCCCAACUUCUGGCGCGCUCCCACGGACAAUGACAAGGGCGGCGAGGCUCUGAAUGACUGGCUCAAGCAGCGCGUCAACGCAGUCACAUCCCAGCUGCGCUCCUUCACCUUCAAGGAGACGCAGACCGACGGCGGAUCGGGCGUCAUCGUGGAGACAGACACGUACCUGGCUCCUCCCGUGCUCGGCUGGGGCUACAACGUGCACAGCACGUACGCUAUCUCGCCCGAAGGUUCUUUGUCAGUCAAGCUCAGCCUCAAAACGUCAGGUGAGGGUCCCAAGUAUCUUCCGCGUGUUGGUCUCAACCUGCGCCUGCCAAAGCGACUGGACCAGGCGUCUUGGUUUGGCCUCGGACCGGGCGAGUCGUACCCUGACAAGAAGACGGCCCAGCGCACAGGCAUCUGGUCGUCGAGUGUCGACGGGCUCGAGGUGCCCUACGACGUGCCACAGGACAACGGCAACCGCAUGGAGACGCGCUGGGUGCAGCUGGUCGAUGGAGCGGGCAGGGCGGGCGUCAAGGCCACCCGUCGUGACCAGAGCACUUUUAGCUGGACCGGCGGAAGGCUCAGUGUCGAGGCCAUCGAGUCCGCCAAGCACCCCUGUGACCUUGUCCGGGAAGACGCCUCCCUUCUGACUCUGACCGCGCAGGUUUCCGGUGUGGGCAGUGCCGCCUGUGGGCCAGAGGUCAGAGAGGACCUGCGCGUCAAGUUUGAAGACUUCGAGUUUGAGUUUUUGCUAGAGAGAAUAUCCACUUGA